ACAACCCUAACUUUUUAAAAUCCCUAAGUCGUACUGUGUGGUUAUUUUUUUAGUUUUUCUGUCCUUCAAAUCCCAAUUAUGCAUUUGUUAACCGUACGUUUAUGUGUUUUACACAGCACACGGAAUUUAAAUAUUUGUAUUAAAUUAUUGUAAUAACGAAAACAAAAAACGAUUUUUUAAAAAUAAAAAACGAAGCUUUAAAUCAAGAGGAUAGUGGGCAUUAAAAUACGUGGGAGCGAGGAGAAUACAUAUGAUUACACCAUUGAAAUUAAUUAAAUUAUAGCCUAUUUUAGUCUGUGCAAUUUGAAUAAAUGCAUUAUGAUUCUUAUGUAUUUUGAGACAUCAUCAUUUUUCUGUUCUAGACCGUUGAGCCUGAAUAAAGCAACAUACUCUAUUGACGCUGUAUAUAAAAAGGUCUAUUUAUAUGCCCGAGUAGCCUACGUAGGUUAAUUAUUGCUUUACAGCCUAUACGUCAGUUGUAGUUGUAUAUUUCUGGUAGCAAAUAAAUGGCAAUUAUAUAAAUAACUAUAAUUUACAUUGGGUAUUUUUUUUCUCUGGCAGCCGCUAUAAAUGCCUGAGAUAUCAAACAUACGCCACCAGAGUUUGAGUAAGUUUCUGUCAUAACUGUUCCAAAGUGUGUCCACCCUUCUCACGCAUAUGAAACUCUUUCUUCACCCUCCCCCUUCUUUAACUAUAAGGCAGGCCAGAGAGUCGCGCAAACUUUCACUACAGCUCUGCGGAGACACUCUGGUUCUCUGCUUGUUGCGCUCUCGUCGACUUUGCAGCCCUGCAGUCUCCCCUGCACCUAUGAAGCCUUGGAGUAAAAGCUGCCAGCCCCUCAAUUUGAUUCACUUCCUGUAGUCAGACUCCUUCCCAAAAGUGGAGAGAGGGGGAAACUGGGAAAGGAAGAAAUCUUCUGUUCUAAAUAAGGCUCUCUGCGGAGCAACAAGCAACUCCUCGCCUCUGCAUAGCUUCAUAACUUUGUUUGUGUCAGUGGCAGUCAGAUCGUCGCGCACAGCAGCUUUUUAAAGAGAGAAAGCAUUUUGCGUUUAAAAACAAAACUGUGCGCCACUUACACCCGAAUCCAUGCAUGGUACGGAUGGUACAAGUUCUGACGCCCAUCGCCGAAUCUGCUCCUGAUUGCACGCAUCGAGUUUGAAGACAUUGUACGCUGUGAGACUCCAGGGGUUCAUGUACUGGAAAAAUGAAGUUUUGUCCCCUCUUUCAGAGGGAAAUAAGAUUCUGUCCGAAGGAAUUCCCACGAAGCAGGUGAUCUCUACCGAGCAUCAGAGUACACCGGGAGCCUCGCGCUGCAGUGUGGACUCUAAACACACGCCAAUGUCUCACUCGGACGGGGAAUCUCAGCGGUCCAACAUGGAGCGGGAGGACACUCGCUCGUCCCCCAGCACGCCGUCCACCCCCUCCGUGUGCUCGCCGACCUCCACCACCAGCUCGGUGCAGUCCACCGGGAAGAACGUGUGCGCCAGCUGCGGUCAGGAGAUCCUGGACAGAUACUUGCUGAAGGUGAACAACCUGAUCUGGCACGUGCGCUGUCUGGAGUGUUCUGUCUGCAGGACGUCGCUACGUCAGCACAGCAGCUGCUACAUCAAAAACAAAGAGAUCUUCUGUAAAAUGGAUUAUUUCAGUAGGUUUGGUACUAAGUGUGCCCGCUGUGGGCGGCAGAUAUACGCCAGCGACUGGGUGCGCCGUGCAAGGGGAAAUGCAUACCACUUGGCAUGUUUUGCGUGCUACUCAUGUAAGAGGCAGUUGUCCACGGGAGAGGAGUUUGGCUUGGUGGAGGAGAAGGUCCUGUGUAGGAUCCACUACGACACCAUGGUGGAGAACCUCAAGCGUGCGGCUGAGAGUGGCAAUGGUAUCACGUUAGAAGGAGCAGUUCCAACAGAACAAGACAGUCAGCCCAAACCGGCCAAAAGGGCACGGACAUCCUUCACUGCAGAACAGCUACAGAUCAUGCAGGCUCAGUUUGCCCAGGACAACAAUCCAGAUGCACAGACGCUACAGAAACUAGCCGACAUGACAGGCCUCAGCAGGAGAGUUAUACAGGUGUGGUUUCAAAACUGCAGAGCAAGACACAAAAAGCACACGCCCCAGCACAGUGGGGCUCCCCAAGGUCAUCCCCAGUCCAGGAUACCCUCGUCCCUGCCCGAUGAGCUGCAUUACUCCCCCUUUGGCAGUCCUGAGCGUGCGCGCAUGGUGGCCCUUCACGGGUACAUCGACAGUCAUCCCUUCUCCGUGCUGACCUCUCAGAGUCUCCCUCACCAGGCCAUGUCGCUGCCCCAGCUCCCCCUCAGCCGCUAGCGCUACACUAUGACCCUUACAACCCCUAAACCUCCAGCUCCUAACCCUUGAUCUCCCAUCACUGACGUCUGCAGACCUGACCCGGAGGUCAUGCAGGAAUCAGCAUGGAGAAAAGACACAUCUUUCAGGAGCCCUACCCACUCGGAAACAGAAAAAGACAUGGAAGAAAGAGGAAAAACUAAGACACACUGAGGACAGGAAUAUCCCACCUGCAGCCACUCUGUCAAAAAUGAGCGUGAAGCAUUUAUCAUGAGCAGGAACUCACUGACUAUUUUACACCACCUAAAGGACCCAUUUAGCUUCACAUUUACAGCAUCCUCCACGCUACUCAUCCACCCUCUGACUUGAAGGGGGAGGGAGUUUUGAGGGAUGAAACUGACCAAGGAAGUAGGACUGACGCCUCUUGAGUGCUGUCAGAAUACUGAAGAUAAACAAAAAGGGGAAAAUGUAAGGGGGACUGUCAUUGUGGCCCAAGGGCCAGGCAUACACACUAGACCACAUUAGAGGUAAGACUCCUCCUUCUUUUCUCUCUAAGCAACCAUGAAGGAAACCUGCAUGUAAAUGAAAUAUGUUGACUGUUGAAAUAUUUUCUUUAGCAAUGACAUAGUGACAUUGAAAAAAACCAGAAACUUCCCAGAUACAUUUUUGAUCAAUUUUCCACUGAAAUGAGGUGUAGAAUUAGAUUUUUGUCAAAGAAUUAAAAUGUUGUGUGCCUUAUCUUUUCCAUUAUUAAAAGAAACUGUAGUGAGCAGUGAAUCAGCUAAUCAAUAUUCCAGCCUGUAAUUCAUCACUAAACAAAGAUUUGGAUUUUUAUUUUAUUUUAUUGUGUAGAGCAAAUUACGAGGAUUUUAAAUCUUCCAUUGGUAGAAAAUCACAAAAUAUGGCCACAGACAGCAUCUUGACUGUUGAUCGUGAAGGAAAACCAUAAAACACAAUGUCUGGGCUUGUGUAUUAUUAAAUGAUGGCUGAAACAUUAAAAGAAGCAGGAGCUAACAGAUUUUAAACAUUUCUUUAAAGUGACAGAGAAACAGGGGGAAGUCUAAGAUGAGCAUACUUCUAAACAUACCUACAAAAUCUGACAUGUUACAAGUUACAUAUUUUCAUAUUUUCAAACAAGUGUAUUGUCACUAAUUUAUAAUUUCUAAGGUUGCUUGUUCAGCCUCUGCAUGUGUGUCUUUCACACAAAGAGAGAAAUAAUGUGUUGGUGUAUUGGUACAAUAUGGACAACAUGAGACAGAUUAGGGUUGUACAUGUGUGUGUUUCUGUGUGUGUGUGUGUGUGUGUGUGUGUGUGUGUGUGUGUGUGUGUGUGUGUGUGUGUGUGUGUGUGUGUGUGUGUGUGUAUUGGAAGGGGUAGAGAGUGUGCAUCUGUAUUUUAGUGCCAUGACCAUUGUGUGAAGAACAGGAUCCAACAAGACCUCAAUGUCCUUGUAUUUAUUGAGAUGUUAAAUCCCUGUAAAGCACUUUUUCCCCCCUCUGAAAUUGUUUUGUUUUGUUAAAAAACAUGAAAUGAAAUGAAACAAAAAAGUUUAUUUGAUAGACUGUGCAUCAUAAAUGUUUUGUGUACUAAAAUGCAAUAAAAUAGAAUGUUAUAUCUUGUGGUUUUGGAUCAUUUUUUAGGAUAAAUUAAUGAAGCAAUAAUUCACUUUUAUUUCCCCAAACAACAUGUGUGGCACAAAGCAAAGAAAAUUGGGCACAAUUGGACAAACGUACAAAUAAAAUGAAUAAAUAUGAA